AUGUUUGUAUUGUUCUUUUCAACUGUUGCUAGUGUAUCUGCUAACCUUAAUUCGGUACUGGUCCUUAAUGGUAAUAACUUUAAGGAGUGGAAGGAGAACAUUUUUAUUGUUCUUAGCUGCAUGGAUCUUGACCUUGCAUUAAGGAUGGAUUGUCCUGCUCCUCUUACGAAUACUAGUACCUUCAAGCAAAGGAGGAUAUAUGAGAAGUGGGACCGUUCAAAUCGCAUGAGUCUUAUGAUCAUUAAGCGCGACAUACCUGAGGCUUUUAGGGGUGCGGUGUCUGAGGAGGUCACCGAUGCCACAAAUUUCCUUGCUAAAAUUGAGAAGCGCUUUGCAAAAAGCGAUAAGGCAGAAACAAGUACUCUUUUGAAGAAACUUAUUUCCAUAAAGUUUAAGGGCAAGGAAAAUAUAAGGGAGUAA